UAGGACCCUUAGGCUCGGGAUCCUGUUUGAUCAUGACGUUUGUACUUCUGCUUCAAGGCUGAAACUGCAAGAACAGUGAAACCAUAUGUCUCUCUUUCAGGACGCACAUUUACCCCUUGGGGUAUGGCUUCUCCCGGCGUCAAGUGGCUCCUUCCUUCUCUCCCAUUUCAUGAGACAUUUGGAACCUUGUGCAUUCAAUCUCAGCUUCCACGGUCAACAAAUAUACACCAUUAGCCAGUGGCAAUCAUCAGCCCGACACAACAGUCAAAUACCUCAGCAGCGCAUCUUUUACACAGCAUUGAUCGACAUAACGUUUGCAGAAUUCAGAUAUGAAACGGCGCUUCGAGGAAACACUGGGCAAUCCAGAACCCCCAUCCGCGCCCUAGAAGAGCGGAGCCCGACGCCUAGAACUCUUCCUCGUCUACCUCGACGUCCUCAUCGACGGCCGAGAGGCCGGCAUCCAGGCAAUCCGCCAGGCGUUUGCCGACAUUCUACCCGAAAUCUCGCCUCCUUCGGACGCCGUUAUCAUCUCCGCGUCCAUGUCCGAGUCCGCCGUCGAUGGAAUCUUCAGGGCACUCGGCAUCGGAAACAUCCCGCCGGAGAGAGCAGCCCGCUUCAAACAAUCCUACCUUGAACACUUCUCCAGCCGUUUCCAUCUGCUGAAACCAUGGCCCGGUGUGGAGCGCUUGCUGGAGGGGCUCGAGCGGCAGGCGGUUCCGGUCAUGGUGAUAUCCGGCGACAUCGAGAGCACCUAGCAGAUGCUGGACAUGGUUGGGCUGCGCGGGUAUAUCAGUGCUGUUUUGGAAUACACCGGCGACACGCCCG